AUGUCGUCAACACCUACUACUUCUGUCAAUCCAUCAUCAUCAUCUCGUGUUCAAUCGGCUAAUAAUAUAGCAAAAGAAGAAACAUCCAUAGAAAAUAAUAAUAUAACGACAGAUAAAACAUCUCGUCCACCAUCUGCAUCACAAAAAAUUGAAACUAAUACAUCAACAGCUACUACUGAUAAUGGCAUAUCAUCGGAUGUUCCUACUACCGAAAAAGAAGAACCAGUUCUAUUAACAGUUAUUUCUUCAUCAGAACGUCCACCAUCAGCAACACAGAAUGAUCUUAUUGUUAAUCCAAUUCUUGAUUCAACAAAUACUGAACCAAAAACUUCAAGACCACCAUCAGCUAAUCCAAAAACAAAUGAAUUAACUUCACAGGGAGAUACUAUUAAUACAACAAAUUCACGAUCACCAUCAGCAAGUCGAAAAAAUGUUGAAUCAUCAAAUUCCAGACCACCAUCGGCUAAUCCGAAAACAGAUGACUUAACUUCACAUGAAUAUACUAUAAAGGCAAAAAAUUCACGACCACCAUCAGCAAGUCGAAAAGACAUUGAAUCAUCAAAUUCUAGACCAUCAUCAGCAGCAAAUCGAAAAGAUACUGAAUUAACUACAGCUGCUCAAAUAAAUUCCAGACCACCAUCGGCUAAUCUAAAAAUAGAUGACUUAACUUCACAUGGAUAUACUAUAAAUGUAACAAGUCCACGGCCACCAUCAGCAAGUCGAAAAGAUGUUGCAUCGUCAAAUUCCAGACCAUCAUCGGCUAAUCUAAAAACAAAUGAUUUAACCUCACAUGGAGAUACUAUCAAUAAAACAAAUUCACGACCACCAUCAGCAAGUCGAAAAGAUGUUGAAUCAUCUACAACUGCUCCAUCAAAUUCUAGACCACCAUCAGCAACAAAUCAAAAAGAUACUGAAUUAACUACAGCUGCUCCAACAAAUUCAAGACCAUCAUCGGCUGUUCAAAAAUCAAAUGAAUCAUCUAUCAAUAAUUCAACAGCAACAACAACAACAACGACAAAUUCAAGACCACCAUCAGCAAAUCAAAAAGUAAAUGAAUCAGUUAUAAACAAUUCUACUGCUGUUACAACAAGCUCAAGACCAUCAUCAGCCAAUCAAAACAUAGAUUUAACAACUACAAAUAAUUCUACAACUUCUCGAACAAGUUCAAGGCCACCAUCGGCAAGUCAAAAACAAAAUGAAACAACAACAAAUGAUUCGAAUAUAACACAAGCAAUUAUUGGACGUCCAUCUUCAGCAGCUAAAAUGACGCCUACUGAUGAAUCUAAAAUUAUGAUUACUCUUGAUGCUAAUGCUUCACCUGAUAUUCAAACAGAAAAUAAACCCAUCGAACCUCUUCCUACUACACCACGUAUUGGUUCCGCUUCAAAAAAUCUUCAAACAUCAACAACUACAGAAAAUAAUAGUUAA